AUGUCUCUCCUUGGAAAGAAGUUCCCCGGUCUUCUGGGCAAGCCCAUGACUCCCUUCUUCGCCGCCGGUGCCAUCGUCCUGUACGGCGUCAACUCCCUGCAGAACGUUCUCUCCAACACUGCCGAGUUCAAGAACGACCCUCGCAACCCCAACGCCAAGUCUGGUAACGCCGGUCACUAA